AUGGCUAGAAAUGGUAUGGGUGCCACAUUGCAAAGGCCAUUGUACGCCUCCCCGUUAGCUGAAUUUAUUCUCCAAGCCGAGGCACCCAGGGGAAUGAAAGUGCCUAAGUACACUAAAUUUGGGGGAGAAUCUGGUGAAUCGACAAUAGAGCAUGUUGCCAUAUAUUUAACAGAGUCAAGGGAUCUAGCUCAUAAUGAAUGUUUGAGAGUAAAAAACUUUCCCUCCUCUCUGACUAAGACUGCCUUCACAUGUUUGGCCGAAUUGUCUAGUAUCAGGAGAAGGUUUGCUGAGAGCAUCGACGAUUAUUUGAAUCGAUUUAGAUCAUUAAAGGCUAGAUGUUUUACGCAAGUGCCAGAACAUGAACUUGUUCAGAUGGCUGCAGGGGGGUUAGAUUAUUCCAUUAGUAAGAAAAUAGACCCAACUUUUAUGAAAAGUAUCUCACAAUUGGCCGAUAGAGUUCGACAUCUCGAACGGCUAAGGUUAGAAAAAGUUAGACACAAUAAGUCUAAGAAAGAAAAAGUAGCGUUUGUCGACUACGACGCGACAUACCCAAUAUAUGAAGCUGAUUAUGCUUCAUCGACUGAAUUAGAAAUUGACGUGACUGAAUUAAAGUCAGGAUCCGCCUACGAGUGUCGAUCAUUACUUCCUGCGCAGGGAAAAAAUCAUGUCGAACACAACCCAAAAUUCCCUUCAAAAACUUAUACUUUUGAUGUGACAAAGUGUGAGGACAUUUUUGAUUUGUUGGUCAAAGAUGGUCAAAUGGUGGGAUCUGGUUUAGAAAGCGAUCCAAGAAGGCAGGCUGAAAUUUGCUGGCCGUAG